CAAGAGCUAACGCUGCCAGACAUAAGUUUUAACUAGACCAUAAAAGUUGCCUCCUUUAUUUUUCGAAAAGGAAAUUUCAAUGGCGCACAGGAUAUUGUAUUUGGUUGUAAACAUUUUCUUAGUUUUUCGGCUUUCUUCGCAAGGUAUGUUGUGUUUUAAAGUAAUAUAUUUUCGUUACGUAUACAACAUGCAUGCAGUUGCAUGAAACUGUUUCAAUAUCAUACAGUAUACUGCAUGCUGCAUUUCGUAUCUUCCGUUAUAAAGUACGAAAUCGAACCUUUCAUAUAUAUAUAUAUAUAUAUAUAUAUAUAUAUAUAUAUAUAUAUAUAUAUAUAUAUAUAUAUAUAUAUAUAUAUAUAUAUAUAUAUAUAUAUAUACAUAUAUAUAUAUAUAUAUGUAUAUAUAUUAGAUUCUUGCGAGCUUAAACCUUGGGCUUUGUGGCGUUUUUUGGACGAUGUUUUCAUGAUAUGGCUUCACGGGGAGGAGGAAUUAAACAAUUUCCUCAGUAAGUUGAAUUCAUUUCAUGAGAAUAUUGAGUUUACUUGGGAAAUUGCUUUUCUUGAUGUGUGGAUUAAUAAAGUUAAUGGUGCGUUCCAUACUGAUGUUUAUUCUAAGCCUACUGAUGCACAUCAGUAUUUGAAUUUUAAAUCUUGUCACCCACCACAUGUCAAGAGAGCGAUUCCCUAUAGUCCAGGUUUGCGCUUAAAGCGAAUUUGUAAUUCGGAAAAUGCUUUUGAGGAAAAACUAAGCGAGCUAAAAGGUUUUUUGGUGAAGAGGGGUUAUAAUUCGGAUUUUGUUGAUGACCAGUUUGGUAGAGUGCGAAAAGUCGACAGGAAUAAUUUGUUAAUGCGGAAAGAAGGUGUUAAGAAUAGUAAUAGGAACUGUUUUGUGAUAGAUUAUCAUCCAGCAUUUAGGGUCCUUUAUAAUAUCUUUAGGGAAUUGCAAGUAAUUGUAAGUUGGUCUGAAAGGUUUUUAAGUAUUAUGCCGGAACCACCAAUGGUGUGUUUUCGUCGGUCUAAAAACCUUAAAGAUCACUUAGUCCGUUCUAAAUUGAGAAGGGAAGAGGAAACGGUCGUAGGGAUGUUUAAGUGCGGAAAGAAGAAAUGUAAAAUCUGUGACAAUGUCAGUAUUGGUGCUACUUUUAAAAGCCAUGUUGAGGGGCGGUCUUUCUGCAUUAAUCAUCGCUUCGAUUGUGACUCGGCAGGUAUAGUGUGUUUGAUUAGUUGUAAAUUCUGUGGGUUGCAAUAUGUGGGGAAUACCAUAACACCGUUCAGAUUGCGAUUUAAUAACCACAAGAGUGCAUUAAAUAGAUAUGGGCGGGGGCAGAGAAAUAUUUGUGGGCAACAUUUGUAUGCCCAUUUUUUGGGGGGAGGGACAUUCAGGUCUAAGUGAUUUUUUAGUGCAGGUUAUUGACGUCACGGACGUUAAUACCCCCACCGAGAGGGAGAGUUUUUGGAUUGAGAAACUUAAUAGUUAUGUCCCACGUGGGCUUAAUUUAAGGGAAGAGGUUUAAUUAAUUUAUGCAUAGCUAAACGUUAGACUAUUUAAGCAAGAGACGGAGAUGAUGUAGCGUUAUUCUGAAGAAGGGGCUUGUCCCCGAAACGUAAAAAAUAUAAUUUAAUUACUUUGAAGUUUUUGAUUUCUUGAUAUUUUUAUAUAUAUAUAUAUAUAUAUAUAUAUAUAUAUAUAUAUAUAUAUAUAUAUAUAUAUAUAUAUAUAUAUAUAUAUAUAUAUAUAUAUAUAUAUACACACACUGGAUCCAGAAAAGUUUGACCUUCGAAUAUAUAUAUAUAUAUAUAUAUAUAUGUCGGCAUUUUGAAUUUUCUUGGGUUAAUUAUACGCGAACGCAUACAUCAAAUUUCGCUCGCAACGUAUUGUAUAUUGCAAUAUUAUUCCAACAGCUGAAAUGAAUAAAAGAAUCGUUGAUUGAUGUCUUUGCACAUAAUCAUAAAGGCUAGUAGGAAUUGCAAUAUACAAUACGUUGCGAGCAACAUUUGAUGUAUGCGUUCGCGCAUAAUUAACCCAAGAAAAUUCAAAAUAGCUGACGUAUAUAUAUAGGUUGUGAUAUCAUCCCUCGAGCGAUAAAACUGAUAUCACCGAAUCCCGAGUACGAUAACCUAUUUAUUAUAUACUUGUACCUUUAUCAGGGUUUGACACCCAAAAGUAAACAGUUUUGAAAAAAUAGGAUCAUUUUAGAAUUCAAAACAAUUCAUCAUUUACUGAACAAAUAUGAUUUUAGAAAAUAAAUAGACCAUUCAUAUAAAUAAUAUACAAUUUAAGUCUUUCGUUUUGUAUUAUCGUUCUUGUUUCCUUCGAUAAAACUGUCUACAUCAACCAACACGAACCUCGAGUCGGCCAUCUUUGUUUUGACAAGGCGCGAAAUUUAGCGGGACAAAAAACGAUAUCCGGGACAAAAAACGAUAUCCGGGACAAAAAACGAUAUCCGGGACGAUAUCGUUUUUAUGUCCCGCUGCUUCCUACCUGAUCAAGGUACAAGUAUGUGAUAAAUAUAUAUAUAUACUUAUAUAUAUAUAUAUAUAUAUAUAUAUAUAUAUAUAUAUAUAUAUAUAUAUAUAUAUAUAUAUAUAUAUAUAUAUAUAUAUAUAUAUAUAUAUAUAUAUAUAUAUAUAUAUAUAUAUAUAUAUAUAAUUCAAUAAAGGUUGUCCUUUGAAACCUUAAACUCUAAAACCUUAAACCUUAAACUCUAAGCACGUAAAGCAUAAUGGGAGCACAAUUUAAGCAGUUUAGAAAGCAUACAUGGAGCCCAUUUCUUGGAGACAUGAUAAAAAUCUCCCUGCAAAAACAUUUCACUGACAAACAGCUGCAAUAAUCAACUACUAAGCUUGAAAUCAGUGCUCCCAUCAUGCUUUGCGCGCUUAGGGUUUAAAGUUUAAUAUAUAUAUAUAUAUCGCGUUUUUUGCUUAGGCUACGUUUCUGACCGGGCCAUACCAUACUGUUAUACAAAUCUAUACAAAAUUUGAUUUUUCUGUUUUGAUUUUAGAAUAUAAUUGUCAUAAGCCUAUGGGAUUAGAAGAUGGAAGAAUACCUGAUAGCAGUUUGAGUGCAUCCUCCCAGUACAACAGGUAGACAGUACAUAUAGUGAUUUUUCAUUCGUAGAUCCUGUAUAUAUAUAUAGAUAGUAAGGCUAUAUAGGUUCCAUGCAUGCAGACCUGGAAAACAGUGUGGUCUCGGCAUCCUGCAUGAAACCUGAGGAACAUUCACCAAGAAGAUUGAGGAACAUUUUCAAUUUUUCAGACAUACAUUAUGGGAGAAUCUUAAGGAAUCAUAUCAUGCUUCCUUACGUGUCAUUCGAGAUUUGUAAAAUGUUCACUGUUCAAAUUUGGCAUAAUGUACGGACAAAUUUUCUGUUGUUUAAUAUAAGGGAACUUUAGUUAUCUCGGUUAUAUACCAAUUACAACGAUUAUCCAGUAAUAGUACUGCUCCAAAGGCCUCAGAGAGGAAGAACUUCGGAUCUAGCUUGCGAGUUUGACAUAUCUUGUAGUUUUGAACUGUAUACUAUAGAGUUGUUCCCGCAAAUUAUAAUAUAAAAAACACUUAAUAUACAAACGUUCAACUUUCCAUUAAGCUGGCAUGGAGCUAAAAAUGCGAGAUUAAAUAACAACAGAGGUGCCACUGUUUGGAUGGCUGCAAAACAUGUUGCUGGUGAAUAUAUUCAG